AUGCCUGCGGAAUAUAAGCCCCAAUUUGAAGGGAAAUCACCUGGUGGGGCAAGAUUCAGCCACAAAUAUGCACUUGCUCCGACUGACCACCUCACCGAAGGUGAUGAUAGGCUGUCUCACAGAGACUUUCUCGCGUGCGCCGCUGCAGCAGUUUCCCAGUCUGAGAGACUGGACCUUACAGAAGAUCCCGCCUCUUAUCCCGCAUAUGAAUCAUGUUUUGGAAACGAAACUAUCCUCAAACAGCUGAUCUUGAAAGAUUUUCCCUCUCGAGCCGAGGCCGAAGUUCUCAUGUUGGCAUUUUUCUUCUAUGCUGAGGCAAACUGGUACUAUUUCGACGAAAGCUCGUUUAGAGAGCAGCUAUUCGAACUCUAUGAUGGUGGUCUAUCACCGACCUAUCCUCGUCUCGAAUUCAUUUGUCUGGCCCUAACUGUCUUCGCCAUGGGCAGCCAGUUUGUCCAUCUACAUCAUGGUGACCAUUCAAGUAACUUGGAAGCCUUGACUGCGGUUCAGGCAGGAAUUCCUGGCACAAAAUAUUUCCAACAUGCGCAGAAACUUGUACCGCAGACAAUAGCUUCUCCUUCCCUAGAAGGCCUGCUGAGCUGUCUAUUGCUCGCUUUAUAUGUUCUGCCGAUCCAUAGCACUGAAACUUGUUACAAUUACCUUGGUCUUGCUUUACGCAUUGCGAUCGGCCUCGGCCUUCAUCGAAAGUCAGCGAACUCAACAUUAUCUCCGUCACUUUCAGAGCUCCACAACCGCAUUUUCUGGACUACCUACAGCAUUGAACGACAGGUUGCUCUCUCUCUAGGCUAUCCCGAGACACUUCAGAGCAAGGAUAUCGAUUGCCUCCUUCCCCAGCGACAGCCUGACCUAGAUGUCCUGGGCUCAUAUAGAGCUGAAAGACUACUGGCAUAUACGAAGUUGACUCUCUUGCUCAAUCAAGUGAUUUUCUUAAAGUCUUUGGAUCAGGAAUCGACAAAGGAUAUCCGAAGUCAGCUUUUGUCUUGGAAGACAGACCUACCCAUUCAAUUAGCAUCACUGGAUGAUAAUUAUUUGCGACUGAACGUACAUUUACAGCUCCACUACUCCAUGGUCUGGAUCUAUAUCGGUCGCGCUGCCUUGAUCGAUAAAGUGCGAAGCUUACUCAACAAGGAGGGGCCCACUAAUGAUGGCCCUGAAAUAGGGGGAGGCAGUCAAGAAUUAUCGGACACUUGUGCAGAACACGCAGCGCGGAUUAUUGAUCUCAUUGAUCUCCUCAAAUGUCGCGGGCAACUGGGUCUAUUUUCCUACACUGAUUUCCAUACCUGCAGCUCCGCAACCAUAAUUGUUCUCCUGGAUAGUAUUUUGAAGCCACGUCUGUCAUCAUUUCCGAAAGUCAGGACGGCAAUGGGCGCUCUGAAAUAUAUGGCUGCUGGUAGUGAUUUGGCCAGAAAUAGCCUCAAGUAUGUCGAAAGGUUCCAAGGCGUGGUCAACAAAGCUUUGGCAUCUAUUUCCUGUCUGGGUUAUGAAUAUUCUCGCUCUCAGAAAACGCCCGGCUCACUUCGGCUUGGAGAAUCCCGUGAAGAGACAUUUACCGAAAGUUUGGACCUGUUAUACCAGCACGAACGCGAAAAGUCUAACAUGGGCCUGUUUUACAACAUAGGGACCGUGCUUGAGGACUGUUCAUUUACAGAGUUACACCUCCUUGGGUUGGAUAGCCUGUAUUCAGGUGACGUGCAAAGUUGGAAUGGCGGUUGCUAG